AUGAGCGAUGUAGCACGAGAACCACCACCAUCACAACCUUCUUCCUCAAGCAAUGACGUUCAAAAGUUAGAAAGAAAACAAAUAGAUAGAGUUACUUCAAGAACCAGACGACCACGACCUGGAUUUUCUGAUUCUUUUUCUACCAUUGAUUUUGGAAAUUUAGAGAUAGAUGAAGGAAACCAGUCUGAUCAGUAUUCUCCAAGAAGUCAAGAAUCUGAUACACCAAGUUCAAGAGCAAGCACUUCUGAUUCUGAGGGAGGUCCAAGAGGAAAUAAUCAGUGGCGUGGUUUCUUUAAACUACUGAAGAAAGGAUCGGAAAAGCCUUUUCAAACCUUUCAUCCAUUGAAAAAUGUUCCGAAACUUACUAGAAGAAAAAGCAAAAGAAUUAGGGAGGAUCUUAUCCCUUCUCUCAAUUCUCCAGCUCUUCAGUCUUCUUUUGACGCCGAGUUUUGCUGCUUCAAAUCUUCAUGGAAGAAUUUCACUAUCGCAGAAAUUCAAGCCGCAACCAAUAACUUUAGCCAUGCUAAUUUGCUUGGUGAGGGAGGAUAUGCUGAGGUUUACUUAGGUAAAUUGGAAGAUGGAAACUUUGUUGCCAUUAAAAAGUUGACAAAAGGUAGCCAAGAAGAAAUGACUGCAGAUUUUUUGUCUGAGCUUGGCAUUAUAGUGCAUGUGGAUCACCCCAAUAUUGCUAGAUUGAUUGGAUAUGGUGUUGAAGGUGGAAUGUUUCUUGUUCUUCAAUUGUCUCCUCAUGGAAGCUUGUCGUCCUUACUUUAUGGACCUAGAGAGAAAUUGAAUUGGAGCCUUAGAUAUAAGAUUGUUUUGGGGACUGCUGAGGGUCUUCGCUAUCUGCACGAGGGAUGUCAAAGAAGGAUUAUUCACAAAGAUAUCAAGGCUUCUAAUAUUCUGCUCUCGGAGGAUUUUGAGCCUCAGAUAUCUGAUUUUGGGCUUGCAAAGUGGUUACCUGAUCAAUGGACUCACCAUACUGUUUCCAAAGUGGAAGGCACAUUUGGCUACCUUCCUCCUGAAUUCUUCAUGCAUGGUAUAGUAGAUGAAAAGACUGAUGUUUUUGCUUAUGGUGUACUAUUAUUGGAGCUUAUUACUGGAAGACAAGCUUUAGAUAGUUCACAAAAAAGUCUGGUGAUGUGGGCAAAACCUUUGCUAUCUAGUAAUAACAUCAAAGAGCUAGUUGAUCCAAUUUUGCAAGGUGCUUAUGAUGAAGAACAGAUGAAACUUGUAAUCUUAACAGCUUCUAUGUGUAUAGACCAGGCCUCGAUACAGCGACCACAUAUGAGUGAGGUCUUACAGAUACUAAGAGGUGAAGAAGAGGGCAAGAAAAUCUUGAAAGAAAGGCAAAACUCAAAACUUCAUAGGACAUACUCUGAAGAACUAUUUGAUGCAGAAGAUUACAACUCAACAAAGUUAUUAAGCGGCGAGAGGGAUCGACACAUGGAGACAAUUUUAGGCUCCAAUAAUCUAAAUUAG